UUGAAUGUUGCAAAUUGAGCUAAAAGUAUUUCGAAGAACUAGUGGACGAGUUUACUUGCAUAAUUGAUAGUUAAUAGGUGUUUAGUGAAAUUUCAUAUAGUUUUUUGUUUACUGCGAAGUUAUUAUGUGAAUGGCGAGUGCAAGUAGACGGCAUAAUUAAAAUAUAGUUAUGUUAGGGUUAUAGAUUAGGAAUAGUCAGUUGAGAGUGUUAUGUGAAAUGCAGCGAUCGGAUUGGCGAAACGAGGACGGGAUGUGUGGAAGACCACGGGACCGGAAAAGGAGGCCGAGCGUUAUCAAAGCCACGGUGACGGCGUUUCCUCUUCUGGUGAAGCUCGGGAACUGGAAUUGCCACAGUCACGACCAGUAACUGCAUAUCGUAUUUUGUUAGGUAGCAAGCAACGAGUAGUGAAUGAGAACAGGACCCUCGGGUGUGUCGCAAGCAAUAAGCGAGCGAGCGCGUUUUCCUCGUUCAAUCUUCGAGACGCGAUGGAUCGCUACAUGAAGCUGCCGGACAUGCAGCCGCCGUCGUCGCCGACCUCGCCUUCGCCCUCCAAGAAGGGCUCCUUCAGGAAGGUCAUUCGCAGGAUGAUAAGCUCCAGCAGUUCCAGCAAAUCCUCGUCCCCGACCAGCCCAACCGCUUCGAAGAGCUGCAAGUUCUUCGGCACGGAGGUCCUGGACGGGAGCAGGCCGAGUUCCACCAAAAGCUCACCCAGAAGCUACAGACCCAAUUCCGUCGAUCAAAGCUUUCUGCGACCGCAAUCUCAGGGCGGCAUAGUAAGGUAAGAACACUUCAA